UCACUCUAAACCUAUCUUUUGCACUAAAGAAAGGUGACGUGGGUCCUGGUGUUUCAUGGGCCUGCAACCACCUCAAAUAGCCCAAAAUCAGACACACAAGAACCCCACCUUGUUUCUCUCUCUAGAACGUUUCUCUCUCUAGAAUGGCGUGUGGGUUAACGAUUGAGUGUUCAAUCCCUAAUUCCCCGAAAUUUCGUGCACCCCAUGUUUGUUGAACUGCAUUUCCUGCUCAGAUGAGUUUGAAUGACAUUUUCUCUAUGUUUUUUAAAUGUAUAAACGUAUCCAUUAAAGCAUAAUCAUGCAUCUUUUGCUCUCUUCAAGGGGUUAAUCCGUUUCUUAAGUACUUUUCCGUCUGCGUUUAAUGGGUUGAUUUACAAGCGAGAAUGUCGGCUUCCAUUUUGAAAACAUUCACAAGAGGGAUGAAAGCUUAGAGAGACUGAAAAAAUGGCAAUGGCAAACAGGGUUGGCCUGGUUAACUUGUUGGGGCUUGUAGAGACUGAGAAUUUUAGGGAGAGAAAGUGCAACUAUGUGUUGAGAUGUGAGAAGAGAGAGGUUAGAGGAGUGAGAAAUGUGAAUAGGGUGAAUGGGAGAGAAUCAGCUGUUCUUGAAGCUGAGAAGGCCAAAUUUCUGAGCAAUGGCUUGGAUUGGCCGGGUUCGACUUCUACUAUGUUGGCCUCGAAGCUCGGGAGGUUUGUGGAGAAGCAACUGGUUUAUAGGCAAACCUUUGUUAUAAGGUCUUAUGAGGUUGGGCCGGAUAAGACUGCAUCCAUGGAGACCCUCAUGAACCUUCUCCAGAUGAAUGAACAGGAGACGGCUCUGAACCAUGUGAUGAGCUCUGGUUUAGCUGGUGAUGGGUUUGGUGCCACCCAGGAGAUGAGCAUUCGAAAACUCAUAUGGGUUGUCACCCGAAUCAACAUCCAGGUUGAUAGAUACAGCGCCUGGGGAGACGUAGUUGAGAUCGAUACAUGGGUUGAUGCGUCUGGUAAGAAUGGAAUGCGCAGGGACUGGAUUAUUAGAGAUUACCAUACUCAACAAAUCUUAACAAGAGCAACGAGCACAUGGGUGGUGAUGAAUCGAGAGACCAGGAGGCUUUCGAAGCUCCCUGAACAGGUGAGAGAAGAGAUCAGGCCUUACUACCUCAAGAGAUUUGCCUUCUCUACAGAUGAUACUGAGAAAAUCAACAAGCUCAACGAUGACACUGCAAAGAAUAUCAGAUCAGGCCUUGUUCCGCGAUGGAGUGACAUGGACAUGAACCAACAUGUAAACAAUGUGAAGUACAUCGGUUGGAUAUUCGAGAGUGUGCCAAUGAAGGUGCUAGAGGACUACACACUGGCUGGCAUGACACUAGAAUACAGGAGAGAAUGCUUGCUUUCGCAUGUGCUCGACUCGCUCACGACCAUGGAGGAGGAGCCUUCCAUUCCAUCAGAACUUGAGAGCACCCAUCUUCUACGAAUGCAGGCUGAUAAGGCCGAGAUCAUUCGAGCCAGGGCAUACUGGCGAUCGAAGGGGUUAAAUACUUAAGCUGUUUAGCACCAUGUAUAUACAUUCCUCAUUCUUCGGCAUUCUAUUUCAUUUGAGAGAGAGAGAUAGGUCUGCGCCAUCUAUUUGUUUUGUUUCUUACAUGGAGCAAUAAUUUGCCAUCAGUGGUGGCGUUUGAUAGUUU